AUGUUCAAGACCAGGUACCUGCGCGAGGUGCGCAAAGAUAAGUAUGAGCGCUCCGAUGUCUUUGAGGAGCCCAGCAGCCCGGAGACUGCUACAAUCGCUGGGAACUCUACAAAGUCCGUUCUUGGCUGGGACAGCCUUCAAGAGCUGAACAGCCGCUUCGCAUGUUACAUCAAUCGGGCUCGCGUGCUGGAGCAGCGCAAUGCCGUGUUCCGCAAGCAGCUGGAGACUCUUCAGCGGAUGGAGGAGGAAUCCGGAUUGGAGGAGGCCUUCAUCCAGCAGAUCAGCGUCAACAGACAGCGCAUCAGAGAACUGCAGUCUGACCGAGCCAAAUUGGAGAGAGAGCUUAAAGAUGCUGAACGCAUGCUGGAUGAGUAUAACAGCAGAUACAGAAAUGAAUGUGAAUAUCAAGAACAGCUGCGGCGCUCACUGGAACAGCUUAAUAAGGAAGCUGAUACGGUGCUAUUGAGGAACCUUGAGUAUCAGAUCCAGUUGCAGUUCCUCCAAGAUGAUGUCAAUGCAACCAAAGAGAGGCAAAAAAAGAACCUCGCUGAGAUUCAGACGUAUCUCAACAUUCUGCAUCAGAUCAACCAUACCAUUCCUCUGUUGGCAAACGUGUCGGUCUCAGAGGAACAUGAGAGGUUGAUCGCUCAGCGGAGGGUUCCUGCCCUGAGGAGUCAGCUGGAGGAGUACAAGAGCGCCAUCUGUCAGCUGCAGGCUCAGAAGCAGCGCCUGCAGAAGGAGACCUCCGUGUUGGAACAAUCCAUCAAGACCACACAAGAGAGCUACGAUGAUGAAAUCCAACUAUACAAUGAACAAAUCGAGUCCCUCAGGAAAGAUACUGAGGAGGCAGAGAAGUCGCUCGAGAAAUACACUAACAACUGUCGACAGCUGGCCGUAUACCAGACCUCUCUGGAGAAUGAACUUGAGAGGAACAAGAGAAUCAUUGAGAAUGAAGACAACAGGUUGAAUUCAGCAAUAAUUGGGACACCCAUUACCUUGUUAACAACCAAUUACAAAUACACCCAUAGUCCUAGCCUAACCAGGAAAGGAAAAGACAUCACCCAAGUUAUCCAAGACAUUACCAGCGUAAAGCCUCGUCAGAAGACCUUGGCCAAGAAAGUGUUGAAAAAGAAAGAGAUCACUUCCAAAGGAGCUAUGGAGAGUGGACUGGAUGCGAGGACACCAGAAGAGUUUGAGAAAGAGGAGAAAGCGCAGAUGAUGGAGGAACAGGCGGUUAGAAGUGAGCAGUCUGUUCCUCGUGAGGACGUGCCUGAUGGAGCCCAGAUCAGCAAGGCCUUCGACACUCUCUGUAACAUCAUUCACGACCGUAUGAGGCGAGUUAGGAAACCAGAGCCCAUCGCUGACUUUUUCACCAAGGGCCGUUACGUCCUUGUGAUGGGCGACUCAAACUAUCUUGACCCCUGCUUCAUCUCAACCACCCCCUCCGCCAGUCACGUCUUCGUUACGAUCCGAGAUGGCAUGAUUCCUUACGAUCCUGACAUGACUGGUACACCUUCUCCUCCCCCCAUGCCCCCCAUUGGACCAACGCCCCAGCCAGAAAAGGGUAAAGACGAUGGAAAAUGGAAGGAGGGCGGAAACGGAAAGCCCAAAAAUGGAGAGCCACAUUCAAAGGCGAAAGAGCCAGAACCGAGCCCCAGCCCACCACCAGGCCCUCGUGACAGCAAAAGCCCCAGUCCUCCUCCAGGCCCCAAGCCGCCCUUAUCCCAACGUGGCAGCAAGACCUCAGAGGAACCAGGCAAUUUCAGAGGCCCUCCACCCAUGCCAUCGCACAGCUCCAUGAGCUAUGAGAAGGUAGAAGUAGUGGAGUCUAUUGAGAAGCUCUCAGCAGACAAAAAAGUGAAGGGCUAUGAAGAGAUGACCACAGUGGUUGAGACCAUGAUCGAGAAGACCAGCAAAAAGAAACAUUCCGACAAAUCUUCUUGAGCGACGCUUGCUGCUGAAAUAUUCUGCGCGUUGUAGUCAUUCCUACCAUGGACCUGCUCCAGUUUCACCUCCAGCCUGCUGUUUACUAGUGCUGCUGUUUUUGCCUGCAUCAUUGCCUUUGACAUUUACUGUCUGAAAACUUGGGAAGUCAAAAAUAAAACGCCCCAUCUCCCCCUCACAUGAAUAGAAGAUGCAUAUUUUAAGUCACAGGCUCUGUUCCAAAGCACAGUAAGCCUUGCUUUCGAUGGUCGGCUAAUUUAAAAUGUUUUACACAGGCAGCAACUCCAUGCAAAACAGAAAAA